AUGUCUUCUGAAAACCCCGACAUGGGGGAGGAGUCGAAAGCCAAUUCGAGUGUGGUUAAUCCGACGACCUCAUCUAGCGAUAUCCAGCAUACCCUAGCAGAAAGUGACCAAGAGAAGCAUGAAGAUGAGAAGGGCUUGGCCGCAGAGCCUUCUUACAUAACGGGGCUGCGAUUGUUUCUCAUCAUGCUCACCAUCUUCAUGAGCACUCUCCUGGCCGCCCUCGAAAUUGGGAUCAUUGCGACCGCUAUUCCUGGCAUCACCGAUGACUUCCACCAAUUGAACGAUGUCGGAUGGUACGGAAGUGCUACUUUUCUCCUCGUUGGGUCAUCCUCUCCGAUGUGGGGCAAGCUGUAUCAAUAUCUGCGCAUCAAAUGGGUUUACCUGAGCUCCGUGGUGUUUUACUUGGUUGGCAGCAUUGUCGCCGCCUCCUCUCAGAACAGUCUUUCUGUAAUCAUUGGUCGAGCAAUCCAAGGAUUGGGGGCUGCAGGCACUCUGGGUGGAUCCGUUCUUCUUAUCAGUCUCGUGGCCGAGCCAAGAAGGCGUCCAGCGUUGAUCGGUAGUUGGAUGGGAGUCUUUAUGGUAUCGACCAUCCUCGGGCCUGUUCUCGGCGGUGUCUUUACGAGUGAGGUCUCUUGGCGAUGGUGUUUCUGGAGCAAUCUGCCUCUUGGAGGUCCAAUUGUCAUUAUGUGUUUACUGUUCUUACGGGUACCCGAUCAUAUUAAGCCUGUCCCAACCACUUGGAAAGAGAUCAUUCUACAGCUGGACCUUCCUGGGUUUUCUUUGUUACUCGGCUCUCUUGUGUGCUUUGCCUUGGCUCUGCAAUGGGGUGGCCAGACCAAAGCCUGGAGCGCCGGUGUCGUCAUCGCUACCUUAGUUCUUUGGAUUGCCUUCACGAUCAUGUUCUUCAUAGUUGAGGGAUUCCAAGGCUCUCGAGCUAUGGUUCCAUUGAGGCUGCUGAGGCCUCGCAUGACAUGGGCUAAUGCGUUGUGGUGCUAUAUCUCCAACUCUUCAUUCUACCAGGUUAUGUUUUAUCUCCCUAUAUACUUCCAGUCUAUCCAUGGGAAGACCGCUAUUAUGAGUGGUGUUGAUACACUCCCAUUUCUGGCUUUCUUCUCCUUGGGAGCUGUGAUGAGCGGUGGUCUCGUCGGGAAAACACACUACCUCAUGCCCUUUCAAUUAGCCAGUGCACUCAUCAUGGUGGCCGGCAUGGCUUUGUUUUACACGAUGGGAGUCGACACAUCUCAGGCCCGCUACCUUGGGCCUCAGGUUCUUUAUGGCUUUGGGCUCGGCUUGGGUAACCAGAUCCCCAUGACUGCAGUGCAGGGUUUUUCAAAGCCAGAAGACGUGGCAAGCUCCACUGGUAUCAUGCUCAUGUGUCAGUCCAUCAGCGGAACCUAUUUCGUCCUCGUGGCGCAGUCCCUCUUCGCCAACCGGAUGCUACAGACGUUGGAGAGCUCCAACUCUAAUAUCAACACCUCAUUGGCCCUGGGCACAGGCGCAGCCGAGAUCCAGCAUCUUUUUACAGGCGAACAGCUUAAAGCUGUGAAUAAUGCUUAUAUGGUCGGGAUCAAGGACGUUUUCGCCUUUGGUUUGGCUGGUGCGGCAGCGGCCGUUCUCUUGGCACUUCUCAUUCCCCAGAAACAGCUUCCUGGUCAUCAACAAAAGAAGACGGAGGAGUCCGGACCCGCUUGA